AUGGCAGCCAAACGGAAGAUGAGACCGGAGGCCUUAUCUUCCUCGGGUUCAAAGGGAAAGAAAGCCGCGAAGCUUAAGAUAGAUGAUGACGGCCCCCCGCCGGCGUUCAUCGGCCCACCGAUUCCAGACGACGAAGCUCGCAAGCGAUGGCCCAACCGCUACCAGGCGCUCAAGAAGAAGAAGGUAUCUAGGCCGAAAGGGGGAAACAAAGAUGAAAUUGAUGAAAAUUCUAUACAAGCAAUGUGUCAUUAUGUCAAAGCACAAGUGGAUGGCAUCGUUUACAAUCUAUUGGAUGAUGCUUAUGUAAAAGCAGGAGAUGGAAAAGAACCCUACAUUUGUAAGAUAAUCGAAUUCUUUAAGGGAGAGGGUGGAUCUAUGUAUGUUACCUCACAAUGGUAUUAUCGAGCAAAAGAUACUGUCGGUUAUGAAGGAAAAAGUAAACCAAUUCCAAAAUGUGACUACUAUUGCGAUACAAAAUAUUUGUUACCUUAUUCGAGUUUUGUGAAUCUUCCAGCAGAAAUUAAUACUUCUUCCACGAUUUCAAAUGACCUUAAAUCAGCACAUGCACAAGGUAGCUCAAGUAGGGAGUCUAGUAAACCAGAAGUCAGACUGCUUGAUUUAUAUUCUGGCUGUGGCGCAAUGUCGACUGGCCUUUGCCUUGGUGCAUGUUCUGCUGGCGUUAAUCUUGUUACUAAAUGGGCAGUUGAUGUGAACAAGCAUGCCUGUGAAAGUCUGAAGUUUAACCAUCCUGAAACAAUGGUGCGGAAUGAAUCUGCCGAUGAUUUUCUUUCAUUGAUAAAACAAUGGGAACAUCUCUGCAUUUGUUUCAACUGUUUCGGAACAUAUGAUUCAGAGAAGCAUGGGUUCAAUUUCUUCUUUGAAACAGAAGAUAGUGGGGAUGAUGAAGAAAUAACUGGCACUGGCAAUGAAGAUCCUGAAGUAUAUGAAGUAGGACAAGUAUUAGAUAUAUGUUAUGGUGAUCCCAACCGUAUCAAAAAGAGGGGAUUGUAUUGUAAGAUCCGAUGGAAGGGCUAUGAUGCUGCUCAGGAUACCUGGGAGCCUAUUGAGGAACUGAGUCAUUGUAGAGAGCGGGUACAAGAGUUUGUUUCUCUGGGUUAUUCAUCUAACCUGUUGCCAUUACCUGGUAAUGUGGAUGUGAUCUGUGGUGGACCACCGUGCCAAGGAAUCAGUGGAUUUAACAGAUUUAGGAACAAAAAAGAGCCACUGGUUGAUGAAAAAAACAAACAGCUGAAAGUUUUUAUGGAUUUUGUUCUGCACCUCAAGCCCAAGCAUGUUUUAAUGGAAAAUGUCGUUGACCUGAUGAAAUUUUCUGGUGGGUUCCUUGGUCGUUAUGCAUUGGGACGUCUUGUUCACAUGAACUAUCAAACAAGGACGGGCAUCAUGGCAGCUGGUGCAUAUGGACUUCCACAGUUUCGUUUGCGUGUCUUCAUUUGGGGAGCUCGUCCUACUGAGAGGUUGCCUCAAUACCCAUAUCCGACACACGAUGUGGCAGUGAGGGGUUGUAUUCCUAAAGAGUUUGAGAGAAAUACUGUUGCUUAUGAUGAAGGUCAGAUUGUCAAACUAGAGAACAAGCUCAUCCUGGCGGAUGCGAUUGCUGAUCUUCCCCUUGUUGAGAAUAGUGAGAAACAGGAUGAAAUGCCCUAUGCGGGUCCUCCCAAAACAGAUUUUCAAAAGUGUAUCAGACUCGGCAAGAAUUAUGUGCUGCAGCAUUCAGUCAGUCAGUCCUGGAAUAAGACACUUUACGAUCAUCGUCCGUUGGAGCUGAAUGAAGAUGAUCAUGAAAGAGUCUGUCUAGUCCCUAAAGAAAAGGGUGCGAACUUUAGAAAUCUACUUGGUAUACGUAGAAAGUAUUUGGCUUCAAGGAAACCAGUGGUACCUAAGUAUGCUCGAAGCUAUAGGAAGGGGAGAUCAAAUAAACCUUUUGCUCGGUUGUGGUGGGAUGAGACUGUACCAACUGUUGUUACACGGGCAGAGCCCCACAAUCAGGCGAUUCUGCAUCCUGUACAAGAUAGAGUGUUAUCAAUACGUGAGAAUGCACGUCUACAAGGUUUUCCAGAUUACUACAAGCUUAGUGGUCCAGUAAAGCAGAGGUAUAUUCAAGUAGGGAAUGCUGUUGCAGUUCCUGUUUCAAGGUCAUUGGGCUAUGCAUUAGGCCUUGCAAUUAGAGGUAUCUCUGAUAAUGAUGAACCACUGUUUACUCUACCUAAGAAGUUCCCUUACCCUCAGAUCCCUGAAUGGAAAGGAGAGGGUCAUUGAUGAAGCUGUUAUAAGAUUUUAUAGCCACUUUAUGUCAAAUGUCAGUGUCAUUCUGCGAACUAUAGCGAUUGUUAACGCUGGUUUUGUCCCGCUGAGGAACUGUUAGUUUAGAAGGGAUAUCAUGAAAAACAGUUAUAUUGCAUUGGUUCAGGGAUAAUUUCAUGCAU